AACUUUGUAUAAUGCUAAGUGUAAUAUUUAAUUCGGAAGAAAGUGACAGAGCUGAAAUUCUACUGGCAUUUUAUGAUUUUGAUUAAGAUGGGAAAUUGAGUAAAUCAGAGAUGGAGUUUUUUAUUCAAGAGAAUAAAUAAUAUUUGUAGACAAGUGAUUAUGAAGUUUCAGAAAUGUAGAAAAGCUCAUUCAAAACAUGGACAGAUACAAACUUUAAUUUAACCAGAUAUUUCGAGAUAUUUGAAUUAUUACCUGGUCCACUUAAGGAGAGAGAGAGAAUAAAGGAAAUGUUAUAAUCAACAUCAGCAUCCUCUUAGAAAUAUUUUGUAAUAAGUUAUAAAUGGUGGGAGUUAUGGAGAUUUUAUGUAAACUAUAAUUUUGUUAAUAAUCCAAAAAGAAGGAUUGCUCAUGUAUCAAUAGUGGAUAUAGAGGAAAUGGAAGAAUAGAAGAUAAUAGCACCAUAAUAAGAUGAUUAAGGUGUUUAAGGGUCUUAAUUUGAAGAGAAAAACGAAGAUCUGUAUAAUCCAGGGUUGAAUUUGAAUCAUGGAUUACAUGAAUCUGUUCAUGGUUCAUAAUUUUAUAUAAUUGACAAUUAAACUUCAAUUAGGCCAGGUCCAAUUGACAAUUCAGAUAUUUAAGGAGAAUAUGAGGGGGAAUUAAAAACAAACAUUUUAAUUAAUCAUGAUUAUUUGAUUUUACCAGAAGCUGCUUGGUUUUCUUUGGUUUAGUGGUAUGGAUGUUAUAAUAAUUUGGCAUAUAAGAGAAGAACAUUUCAUGAUGAACGUACUAAAACAUAAAUUGUUGAUUUAUAUCCUCCUGUUCUUUAAGGAUAUAUGACUACAAAUAAAGGGGAGUUAUCAUUUAAAAGAUCUUAUAAAUUUAUGGUUAAUUAAAGAAAAUCUAUGCAUAAUGUUAUGCAUAAAUUAAUUAAGAAGUUUAAAAUUAAAAAUUAAUAUGAUUAUUAAUUGUAUUACAUGAAAGUGAAUGAUUCAUGGAUUCUUGUUGAAGAUUUAGAUUUAAAAUUAUUAGAUUUGUAAAUAGUAUCAGGUACUUUUGUAACUUUAGCUUUGAAAGGCAGGAGUCCAAAAUCUGUAUUUUAAUAGGUUGGAUGUGGUUUAGGUUAAAUAUAUGAUAUUCAACAUCCUAUUUCAAAUGAAUGGUUAUUGUGUAUAGUGAAUGGAUUUUCGGAAGAUUUUGGCAUUAUUAGAUUUCAUAUCUAAAAAGAAAGUUAUCAAAGAGACUUUUGUAUUCCUUCUGCUGAAAGAGUAUAGAGAAUAUACCCACCAAAUAGUAAAUAAAAAUAAGAACCUAAUUAUUUUUUUAUUCCCCAUCAUAUAGGUUUAUUAAAUUUAGGGAACACUUGUUUCAUUAAUACAGUAUUGUAAUGUCUGAUCAAUACUCCUGUUUUUGAUGAUUACCUAUAUAAGUAAGCAUUUAAAUAAGAAAUGUUAAAGAAUUCUAAAUUUCAAUAUUUGAUUGAUGAAUUAUCCAAAGUAGCCAUUAGAUUAAAGGAUUAAAAAGAUAAAGCAUUUGCACCUGAAUAAUUUAAGAAAGCAAUUGACCACAUUUUGCCUUCAUUUUCUGGUUUUGAAUAGCAUGAUGCAUAAGAAUUCUUGAAUAUGUUAUUAGACACAAUGUCAGAUGAAUUGAAAAAGAAUGUAUAAAAGAAAUCGAUAGUUUAAUCCAAUAUCAAUAAUUCUUUUGAAUAGUUUGAGACUGUUGUAAAAGAAUUAUUUACUGGUAAAACCGUCAAUACUUUGAUUUGUUAAAAUUGUUAAUAUAAAAGUUAAAAAUUUGAAGAAUAUUAUACUUUGAGUUUACCAAUACCAAUAAAUGAUGAAAUUCCAAUCUUUAUAAUUUUGUUUAAAAAAUGUUAGUCAUUAUAGAGUGAGAUUCCACCUUUAGAUAAGUAUGGGAUUAAAGUUUCUAAAUAUGCAUUAUUGAAAGAUCUAUUCAAUGCAAUAGAAAAGGUGACUGGGAUAUCUUAACAAAGAUUUGAGUUGACUGAAAUUUAUAGAAAUUAAAUCCAUAGAUAAUUUGGGAAUUUGAAUCUAUCAAUUCCCAUAAGACAGAUAGGAUUAAAAGCAAAUCAAUUAUUACAUGUAUUUGAGAUAGCAAAAGUAGUAAAGGACGCUGAAGAUGAAUUUUAAGAGUUGAUAUCUAUGUUCACAUAUAGGAGAGAAAAUUUUCAAAGUUUAGAUUAUGUUGAUAUUGAAGAUAGACUAGGAGAUUGGAGACAUGGAUAAAUAAUUUCUAUAAAUGAGAGGAAUCAUGAAAAAACAUAUAAAGUUCAAAUAAAAAAAUAGAAUGGUCAAUAGUAAAAUGUGUAAACAUUUUAUUAUUAUCAAUUCUAACCUUUUAGAAGCAGAGUAUAGAAUUAAAAAAAGUUUAAUCUAGUUACUGUGACAAAUCGAUAUUAUAACAAAGCAACUGAACAAUAUGAGAAAUUUUCAUUUCCAUUUUUAAUAUUAGUGCCAUCUUCUCAUAUAACCUUAUAAGAGUUCUAGGCUUUAAUAUAUAUAUAAGCAAAGCGAUUUAUUGAUUUUGUAAAUUUUUGUAAUCGAUAUUGAUAGGGUUAUUUAAAAAAGAAAAGUGGGAUCUAGAAAAUGUAAAAAGAGAAAGUACAAUUUUAUAAUGGAGCUUAAGAUAUGUAAAAUGAUUUGCAUCAUUCAAAGAAAUAUAAUGCUUAGAGUGUUUAUUUAGGUUAAAUCGAAUUAAGAAAGAGUAGUUAUAGAAAAACAGAAUAAGACUUAGAACCUAAUUAAAAGAAGUAAAAUAGACCAAACUAUGAAUCCCUUUAGGAGGAAUUAAAUUUCAUAAAAUCAAAUGAUUUUCCUUACAAGAUAAAAAUUUUAGACUAAAACAUGAAUUGUUUAGCAUGUGAAAAGAGUACAGCAAAUACAUGUAAUAGAUAUAAUGUAUGUAAUGGAUAUUCUUGUGAGAUAGAUCCAAUGUUCUUACAUUUACCUUAAAAUUACUAUAUAGUAUUGGAUUGGAUAGAUUCUUUAGCAUUUAAUUUAUUUUCGACAGUAGUUUCACAUCAUGAGACAUAUUAAUAGUUAAUUGAGAAUAAAAACAAUAGAAAAGAUAGAGUAACACCAGAUUAAUGUUUUUCAAUUUUGACAUAAGAAGAGAAGGUUGAAAUAAAUUGUGAUAAAUGUUAAUCGAAAUAAUAAGCAAUUGUGAAGCUAUCAUUGGGUCAUACUCCAAAUAUAUUGAUAUUGCAUUUAAAGCGAUUUUAGUAUCGAGAUGGAUAUCUAGAGAAGAUUGAAUCAGACAUAGAUUUUCCUUUAAGAUCUUUGAAUCUGAAAUAAUGGUAGAUAGGAUAGAAUAGUAAUAAGGUAUAUGAUUUAUAUGCAGUAGCUAAUCAUUUUGGAAAUGGUUAAUAUGGUAAGAAUACAUAAUAAAAUAAGGACAUUACACUUCUUAUGUGUUAAAGAAUAUUGAUUAGAAAGAUGUAUGGGUACAUUGUGAUGAUGAUCAAAUAAAACCUUAAGCAGCAGAAAAGGUUAUGUCUCCAUAUACUUAUUUAUUGUUUUAUAGAAUAAGAGAAAUUCCAACUAGUUCCUUAUUAAAUUUAACUUAUAAUCAUUGA